UCACGCCGGGCAAGACCAUCAUGGUCCUGCGCCAAGACCUCUCCGAACAGGUCGAGGCGGAGGCGGGGCUCACCCGCAGGACGGAGGAGGCCGUGCAAGCGGCUUCCCUGCUUUCGGCUCGGGCCGCCCGCGACAUGGCCAGCGGCGGCAGGGGGAACGCCUGGGGUGCGUGGGUACGGGACGACGGCAGCGGCGGCGGCGGCGACGGCGGGCGAUCGGGAGGCAGAGGUGGAAGGGGAAGAGGUGGCAAUCGCCCUGAGGUAGGUGGGUCGGAGGUGAAAAAGCUCAAGAUCGAGCUGACUAACCAAGACGGGAAGGCCAUGGCAAUCCCUCCGGACGACUCUGCCGCCCUGAUGGAAGGCAUGAUGCUUCACCGCCAGGGCCUGGCCUGCCUCCGUCGAGCGCGCAACACCGCCCCGUCGAGGAGGUCACCCGGGGCGGGGGCGGCAGCAGCAGCUGCUGCUGUGGGCGAUGGCCACGCACCGCCGGCAGGAGCCGAGCGAGCUCCAGCCAGUGUCCAGAACAAGAAGGCUCGCCGCAGGCCGCAGACGGGUCCUCAGGCAGCGGUGAAAGCCGCACCGGGCGCGAGCGAAGACGGCGCGCUGAGUCUCAAGCCUCCCGCCGAUCGCGGCGGUGGCAGUGGACGACCAGGCGGGUGGGAAGAGCGGAAAGAGAGCGAUUGCGGAAGCGUGACGCAGGCGCAGGCGCAGCAGCAGCAGCAGGGGGGGAUGGCGGAGAGAGAGGGCAAGGGCGAAUCAUCGCCGCCGAGAGCCGGGCUUGUCGGUCGAGCGGCAGCCAAGGAACAGCUGCCGGAGCGCACGGGCGCAAGGGAGGAGUCGACGGGCAACGAAGUUUUCACUCGGAGCCCCGCCCCUGAGGGCACCGCCGCGGCUCCCGGGUCACCGGCGACCGACGCUCCGCCGGCGUUCGGAGAAGAGUCCGGGGGCGUGGAUUCGGCAGGGGACGGGGAUGUGAUGGAGGUUGAUUCGGAUGGCAACGACCAAGCGGGCAAGGGCUCUGGCGGCAACAGUGGCGGCGGCGGCAGCAGCGGCACCAUGCGGGGGCCUCGAAGGGCCGCGCCGACGUUGACGGCGGCGGAGAAGCUGAUGGCGCAGCGGGAAGGGCUCGGACUGCUGAUGAGGGCAGACGAGGCGUUCCGGAGGUGCGACCCCAAGUACCUGGAGGCCGUCGACAACUACGCCUACCUCUGCCUGGACGUCGUGUGGCUGCUCUUCCUGAUGAAGGACAUGAAGAACAUCGACCUCGCGUCUCGCAUGCUGGCGGCCGUGGAGAAAGGGUUCCGGAAGGCCCACGGGGAGGGCCUCCAGCGGCUGACCGCGCUCAAGGGGGAGCACUGCGCGGAGAAGCUCCUGUACGUCAGGCUCCAUCUGCUGCAGGGAGUGGUGGCGUUUCUCCGGGGGGACUCGGGGAAGGCUUCGGCGCUGCUCCUCCGCGCGAGCGGGGAGGCGAAGGCCCUCAAGCCAAACCCGGCCCUGGCCUGUCGCUUGAUGCAGAAGUGGCACACGGUCAGGCUCGAGGUGCUGCAACCGAAGGUAGCGCUGCGAGCCCUGCGUGCUGGGCGGAACAACAUCGACGCCGCCUGGCAGUACCUGGAGAAUCUGCGCCAAAGGAAGGAAACUGUGCGCAAGGAACGGAAGCUCAGGAUGGAGCGGCGGCGGGCCAGCCGGCUCGGGGUGACGGCCGACAAGAAGGCCUACAUCAGCGAGAGCCUCGUCCAACAGCUGGCCGGAAUUGGCUUCCCGAGGACCAAAGCCAUCAGGGCCUUGCGCCUGCACAACAACGACGUCGCGGCCGCCUUGACCACCCUCACCACGGGAGACAGCAGCAGCAACAACGGAGGGAGAGGCAGCAACACCGACGACGAUAACAACGAGGCCCUGGCAGUCCUGCUCUCCAUGGGAGUUCCCCCGGAGGCGGCCCGCGACGUCCUCGGUAGGACGGGGACCCUGCGCGACGCCCUGAACGAGCUGGGGCUAGAAGCUCCGGAAGGGGCGGCCGCCGACGUAGGCAGCAGCGGCGGCGGCGGUGGUCCGGCGGGAGACGAUGCCGCCGCUUCUCGCAUGGAUGUCAACGACGACGACGACGAUAGCGAGGCCGACAGUAGUAGUGGUGGCGGAGAGGAAGAGUUGGACUCGGAGCCGACGCCGGAGGAGAAGAGGCUGUUCGAGGAGCUGGCCGCGGACCGGGAGAACCAGGACGACGAGGGCUACCUGGACAUCACGCUGGAGGACGAGAGCGACGCGGCGGACAUGUACAUUCUCCUGUGCCGCGGCAACGUGCCGGUCUCCUUCGACCUCGACAAAGUCCGGGCGAGUGUUGCUUCCGCUGCUGCCGCUGCUGCCGCUGCUGCUUCUGCUGGUGGUGAUGCGCGGGCCUCCAGGCCGUCGGUGUAGGCAGCAAUGCCCAUCUCAUCUUUGUGCGCGGAGGCAGACGUCAUCAGAAAGGUGGACGGGCACUAUGUACACGGCCCUAGGUUUGCUAGAGGGAGCUGUACUGUCUCAGUAACCUGGUUUUGCCAUCAAAGGAGGAGGGGACAGGUGGUGACGAGCUGGUUGGGCUGGUUGAUCCUUCGGCGCGAGAACUUUUAGACCAAGAACCCUAAGUGCAACGAGGGAGAAAGCGAGGAACCGACUGGGAUGGACAGCAAAGAGAGCGUGUACGAAGCGGAGCGGGUCGAGUUUGGUCGUGCUAGGACUGGCCACAGCGGCACCGGAGCAGCGGCACCGGAGCAGGCGGACGGCAUCGAACCGUGGCGCACGGACAAACAUCUCUUGUGUUGUCAAUUACUUAUCCGUUUUUUUCCUGAAUAGUUCUACAGGUGUUGGGUGUGUGUGAUGACGUCACUGGUUUUGUAGAGAGACGCGGCAGAGAUGGCGCGGAUAACCCGGGUGCCUUAAGUGUGUACCUGCAUCGUGGAAGACCCCUUCAAUGUGGAACGAUUCCUAGUCAGUGUCGGUGUUUACACUGCUGUGCCUAACACAGAUGAUCUGGAUAGAUUCGGGUGAUUGUCAAUUGCAAUGUUGGCUUUGGUUGGGUGUUCUUCUUCAUUGUAUGUCCACGGACUCGUUCUGACAGCACUUCAGACAGCAGCCGCAUGCCCCGAGCUUGGACCAUGGUAUUAUUUUUGUAUAGACAGCACUUCAGACAGCAGUACGCUGUAGUCGACAAACAUUCAUUUUGGUUAAAUGGCGGACAAGGGGGGUGAUGCUGCCGCUGUAGUCGAUUUGUAGUGUGUGGGCGUGUAGUUCAGUUGUGAGCAUGCAAACGUGCUGCAGGGAUUGCAGGUGUACCUCCUCGGGCUUGCGUACCCUUUUCUUGCUAAGUGUGUGUUCUUUAGAUCUUCUGAUGGCUCUAGCACUUUUGUGACCACGGACCGAGUCUUUGCUAGAUUUUGGGAUUAGCAACUGACACGAGUUUAAUGUGAAGAAAAACAAACAAAACAAAAAAACAAACAAGUAGUGGUGUUACGGAAGGCGACUUGGUGUGGAGGUUCGUGGUAUAGUCUUCUCCAGUUUGCUGUCGUGUUUGCUCGUAGUGGUGUCGUUUUGAGAGCGUCCUUCGUUUUUUGUGUUUUGUUUUAUCCUGUCCUGUAGUGUCCUCUCUUGUCUUGUCGUGUCUUGUCUUGUCUGUCUGGUGGUUGUAAUGAACCAUGGAGCGCGAAGCGCCUUUUUGCCUUUGUCCCAUUGUCCCAGGAAGGGGAACAAAGCUCUAACAUCGGCCUGUUCCAACACGAUGCAGACGCCCGAAGUUAAAAGCCCU